UUCGAAACCAGCUAUUACAGCAGUACAGUAAACAUGGCGAGCUCAGAGUGGGAAGAAGUGAAGCGACUCGCAGCAGAUUUUCAGCGAAUUCAGCUGACCAGCGCUGUACAAAAAUUAUCUGAGCGAAACUGCAUUGAGAUUGUUAAUAAGCUGAUUGAGUUGAAACUGAUCGAGGUCAUCUAUACGUUGGAUGGCAAGGAGUAUCUGACGCCAGCCCAGCUUAGCAAAGAGAUACAUGAUGAACUCAUAUACCAUGGAGGAAGAAUCAACUUGGUGGAUUUACAACAGAUUCUUGGUGUUGACUUUGCUCACAUUGAGGCCAAAGCCAAUGAACUCAUCAAGCAUGAACGGUCACUUCACCUGGUACUUGGCCAGCUGGUUACAAGAGACUACAUGGACCGACUGUCCGAGGACAUCAAUGACCAGUUACAGGAAGCUGGUCAGGUGACCAUUGCAGAGUUAACCAAGUCACAUGACCUGCCAGCAAGCUUCCUGUCAGAGAUGAUUGAGGCUCGUCUUGGAACUAUAGUACAGGGACAGAUGGAUGUAUAUGACCAGGGCGUGUUCUUCACCCAAGCGUUCAUUGACAGACACACUGCUCAGAUACGCGGUGCCUUCAGUGCUAUCACAAAGCCAACACCAGUUAUAACCAUUCUCAACCAGUUCAAAUUUCCGGAGAAAUUAUUCUUUGGUUGCCUUCAAAAGUUGGUGGACAAGGGUCGUCUGAAUGGCUCCAUUAUUGGGGGCCGUCAGGAUAAAGCCGUGUACGUUCCUGACCUGUACGCCAAGACGCAGAAUGAAUGGGUGGACUCCUUCCAUGCUCAGAACGGGUACCUUGAAUAUGAUGCUCUUGCUAGACUAGGCAUCACAGAUGCCAAACCUUACAUCAAGAGACGCUUCAAAGCUGAGAAUCUUCUGUUUUUGUCGUCUUGCUGCGUGGGUAGUCAACUCCGCGAUAGGGUGGAAGCCAGCAUAGAUGAGGCAUUGUCUACUGGAUCGUGGAUAGAUGUCACGCCUUUGCUGCCGUCUUCGUUUACUGUGGAUGAUAUCCAGCAGUUGUUGCAGCAAUGCAUGAAGGGAAGGGGCAAAUCCGGGGCCAGGAUUCUGUGCAAGACUGUCGUCUGCAGUGAGGCAUUCCUCUCGGAAUCUAGGACCCUGUUUGAUCAGCUCAUGACCCAAAAAGCUGAAAAGGAUGCCAAAAAUGCACCUCAGUUGCUGUUACAAGUGGACAAGAAGGCUGUAGCCGCCGUCAGGGGAGCUGAGGGCAAGAAAGAUCGCAAAGACGAGAGGAGAAACAAAGCAGCAUCUGGGGGCGGGAGCAGCGGCAAUAAGGGAGGCGGUCAAGGAAUCUCUAGAGAGGUCAAAACCAAGAAGGUGAAGAAGAACCGAGGGAGAGAUGUGGAUGAUAAAGAGGAGGAAGACAUAUCAGCGUCCCGUGGGCACCAGUCAGAUGAGCUUCCAUUCAUGUCAGUCGAGGAGAUUGAAGACGUCCUGAGCAAGUCGCUGCCGGAUUGCCCUGAGGAACUUCACUCUGAGCUGGCUGAAGACCUAUACAGGCCUCUUCACAGAGCCUACCAAGACAUUGCCAAGUCCGUCUUCAUGUCAGCGACCGGAUCCUCAGACAGCUCCACACGACGCAAGAACCGGGGCGAGAUACAAGAUAAGAUCAACGGCCUCCUCAACAACGUCCGACUGUUUGACAAAGGAGUCAGACAGUUUCUAGGUAGGGAUGAAGAUUUAGAGAAUCAAUUGUCCAAAUACCUUAUAAGAACGCUGUGCACGGAUAUCACAAAUCUGCUGCUUAGUGCUGUCACCAGCGAGAAUUUGAUGUCGGAAGUCGACCCGACAACACUCAACGUUGAGACCCGGGCAGGGAUACUUGUGAAACUGAAAGAUGAGUUACGGACACCACUCACUAAGCUACACAGCAGUUUGAAUGGCAAGGAUCUUGGGGAAUUCCUGUCCAGUUUGGAGCGGGCGUGUGAAUCCAAUAAAUGCGACAUCAUGCUCAAGAAACUGGACAAGAAAAAAGAAAGACAGUUAGUUUUCAACCAUCGUCAAGCCUUACGUGAACAACUCCAGAAUGAGACAGACCCAGCUAUGGCCCUACACCUAGCCGCAGUACUUGCCUUCCAGAAUAGCACACAGUGUAUGCUACAUGCACCGGGCAAGCUUGUCCCUCAACUCAUCUCCUUCUUACAAACCCACCUGGCUUCCACAAACUACUCCUUGCUGCUGCGAUACCAGGGCCUGGUCCAGAAACACCUGGGUCUGAGCCGAGACCGAGACCAGCCUUCGGACAACAAGAGUCCCACAAUGGAUGGAAAUAAAGCAGAGGAGGCAUUGUCAGACGUCGCAACGCAGCUCGAACUCCUGCUGCCCGAUGUGAAAGAGAUUGCACUUGCGAAGAAAAAUGCAAAUGCUGCAGUUGAAACGUAGCCUUUAAGCAUCCACACAAAUUUCUAUAGAGUCUGGAAUGUUCGAUAGGCCUACAUGUGAUUUUGCAUUUAAACCAAUUUCAUAAUGUAUACAAAACAAAAAGUUGUGGGGGUUUUUUUUCUGCCGACAGAACCACUGUCCAUUUCACACAUACUGCAAUUGUAAGCAUAAAAAAGAAUAUGCUAAGUUGAAUGACAGGAUUUACUUGGGGAAAAAAACAGUGCAACAGUAGAAAUGUACAUCCCUGUACAAGAUGCAGCUUUGAAAUGAUGUGGUUACAUUAAGCAGGACAUAACACUUUUGUAGCUUCUUGAAGUUGGCUGUUGGUCCUUAGAAAUGAAUCUUAAAGGUACAGUUUAUCUUUUGAAGCUAUCCAAAAAGUAAGUAACAAAAUGAUUGCUGGAAAACAUACUUGGUUUAAAGAUAGUAAUGGCACUAAACUCCCUGUGAAAUUAUUUUUCUGGCAUGCAGUCAUUUUGAAGAAAA